AGUUGGACUAGAUGAUCUCUAUGGUCCCUUCCAACUCUAGAAAUUCAGUGAAAUUCAGUGAAAUGUACCAGAACGGUGAGGCUCGGAGUCAGCUCUUGGGAUGUCCACCAACUGCUGACACUAUCAGCUCUGAGGAGGCACGUCAAGCGAAAAGCUUCUGUUGAGCUGAGUUUGUCUGGGGACAUGUUAAGUCCAGUGGAAGACAGCAGCCACCAGUCUCAAAGAGAGUCACUCAAUGACCUCAGCGUCAGGGGUUUUCUUAACUCUUCCUUUUUCUACUCCACGGAUUCAAUAUUAUUUAAGGGAGGUCAUCUUUCACAGCUGGUUUUGCCUCUGGCUUGCAAGUAAAGCAUCAACAUGCAGCGUACCUCACUUGGUGGUGUUGGAAUAGCCUUCUAGUACGCUGACAGUGGACCAAGCCACGUUGUUUCCCCCACAUCUCUAAUAACUUUUUGCUGUGUGUGGCACGGUAUCCUCAGGAGAAAUUAUAAGCCAAUUUGAUUUGCAAAUUCAUUCAUUCUUCACUGAUUCAUUUCCAUCUGAAGAUACCUUCCCCUAGGGUUUCUGCUGUUUAAUGCUAAUACAGGUUCUGCUGGAGGGACUCCAGGCUACCAAUUCCCUACUGAAAAGAAGAGUUGGGGCUGUACGGCCACAGGAUGCUGUAUGGGCACAGCUCCCCACAUGUUUCAAAGCUAAAAUGACAUUCAAAAUGAACUCUGAAGGCUUUAUGAUGAGUUAAAGUGUUGCCUAGAAAUGCAAUAAAUACCUCGUCUCUCCUUGGAGGUUUCUGAAUAUAGACAGGUGUUGUUUGCAGUUCUUUACUCCAGCCAUGGUCAGGCUUAGCCCAGUAUUUUAAUAUCUGUUGAACCAGCUCUGUUACAUGGUUAGCACUAGUGGUUCGUGUGGGCUUAUCACCAUCCCCUUUUGCUGUUGUGGCUUUAGUCUCACCGCGUGAUCCUAGAGUUAAAGCUGCUCAAAGAGAAAAGUACUGAAUCUCCAGAUGUAAAACAGAGGGGGAUGAGCCAGCCUGCCCUUUGUCAUCUUUCUAGUUGCACAAACCAAUCACUCAACCCCUUGUGGUUAUGUUUCUGUAACUUCAAACCUAACACGGAGCGUUCUGAUCCAGCUGCAGAGUUUUCCACUUACUUUACUUUUGUUCAGUAGAAGGAAUAGUGCCCACCUCCCAAAAUCUUUUGGCACACGUGAUAUAUGGCUACAGAUCAUUUGUUCAUAUUGCUACCUGUAGAUUUAUUUCAGACUGAAAAACCUACCUGCCAUUGAUAGAGGAUGAUCUGUUUUUAUCCAUCACAGUGGGUUUAGUGUAUUCACGAGGCUGUUUUGGUGCUUUUGUUUUUCAAGUUGAGAAAAUUGGAAACAGCUUGAUUUAAAAGUUGAGUUUUUUUAAAAAAUAAAUAAAAAAAAGAAACCAAGGAAAAAAAAAGCUGACUCUCUACUGAGCAAAAUCAUGCAACAGCAAAGCACAGCUUAAGGUGUACCACCUUAUCAGAAAACUAGAAGAGUUUGGAUGAAACAAUGAGGAAUUAAGAGACACAGCUCUGUCAGGACUUGGUCUUGUUCAGCACCGACCUUUAGGUGAUACCUCUAGCUAAGAAACCAGGCUUGGGGCUAGGGUGUAUCUUUGGUUAUAUCUAGGACAGUAAGAGCAAUUUCUACUUCAGUCUGGGCUGUCUUGUCUGUAAAUCCAAGUGUUCAUAGACAAUUUAAACCCACUCACUAAAAUGCCCUCUGCUCCCAGCCAGCUAAGGCAAGGCUGAGAUUGUACCCCUGAUCUGCUAAGCCUUUGGAACAAGGGAAAAGAAACUGCUUAAGGGAUGUGUCUGAGUUAUGAUUCCUCCCAGAUCAGCCUGGGUGCUGGUGAAGUUUUAGCAUCGUGGCUUGUUUAGGGCACAGAAUCAAGUUUUGGGAGGGGAGCCACACCACGUUAGAAACACUUGACUGCACAGGGGUAGGUGUUAGGCAGCAGCCAAUGUUGGCAAAACCCAGGGAAUUGACUCAAACGGGAAUGAGCCUCAUUUUCUCUUUUUGACCUUUUCCUUUCCAGGUUGGACUACAGUGGCCCUUCCCGAGAAUUCUUCUUCCUUCUGUCUCAGGAGCUCUUCAAUCCCUAUUAUGGGCUGUUUGAGUAUUCAGCCAACGACACUUACACUGUACAGAUCAGCCCCAUGUCUGCCUUCGUUGAAAAUCACCUGGAAUGGUUCAGGUUCAGUGGUCGCAUUCUUGGCCUUGCUCUCAUUCAUCAGUACCUCCUCGACGCGUUCUUCACCCGGCCGUUCUACAAAGCACUGCUAAGGCUGCCGUGUGAUUUAAGCGACUUGGAGUACCUGGAUGAAGAGUUCCAUCAGAGCUUGCAGUGGAUGAAGGAUAAUAACAUCACAGAUAUCCUGGAUCUCACCUUCACAGUGAACGAGGAGGUGUUUGGACAGGUUGUAGACUCCAGGCUUGUCUCUGUUUUCGAUGCCAGAGAACUGGAGCUGGUUAUAGCUGGCACUGCAGAAAUAGAUCUUAAUGACUGGCGUAACAACACGGAAUACCGUGGAGGUUACCAUGAUGGCCACAUAGUAAUACGGUGGUUCUGGGCAGCGGUGGAGAGGUUUAACAACGAGCAGAGACUGCGGUUGUUGCAGUUUGUCACGGGGACAUCGAGCGUGCCGUACGAGGGCUUCGCGGCUCUCCGGGGCAGCAACGGGCUACGGCGUUUCUGUAUAGAGAAAUGGGGGAAAAUCACCUCCCUCCCAAGGGCACACACGUGUUUCAACCGUUUGGAUCUUCCACCUUACCCCUCGUAUUCUAUGCUCUAUGAAAAGCUGCUGACAGCUGUUGAAGAAACUAGCACCUUUGGACUUGAAUGAGGGGGUUCAGGCACUUCUGGUGUUUUUCUGGCUGAUGAUGUCACCUUUCCUGUCCACCAUCAUUUGAUCUUGGUUUCCCGUGUUUUUAUUUUUGAAAACAAAACAAACAAACAAAAAUCAAGAUUGACAAAAGCUGUGCAUGAAGAACUGCCGCCCUCUAAGAUCUAACCUUCAUGCUUUCAUCCUCUGUUUCCAAUGGACUGCUAGUCUGUAUGCAAUAGAAAAACAACUGUCUCAAGGUUUCUGUAUAUCUCUACAUACCUCCAUUAAUAACAAUGAAAAUACAAAUGCAAGUUACACUACACUUGACCAAAUGUUAAUAAAUGUUUACUUCCACCUACGUUGAUUAAAAAAUAAAAAAAAAACCUCAUCAAGCAUUCCAAGCUUUUAUAUGCCCACAUCUUCUAAAUCAAUUCACAGCCCAUCUUCUUAACUGUUGAAUCCAGUACUAGGAGCUGGUCAAAUAUAUCUUCAUCCAUCCUUGUUUUCCCUUUAUGUAUUGUCCACCUGAGAGACACCUAUGAGCAAAACUGAAAUUUUUUAUAUACGAACUCAUGAUCCACGUCAGUUGCAUCAGCUGGAACUGGCCCAGAUACAUGGUGCAGAUAAGACCUUCAAAAACUAAAAAAAAAAAACCAACCUGUAACGCAAUGCAAAGCAUAACAGCGAUUGUUAUGAUUGUUACUUGCCAGUACUGGAGAGAACUUGCACUUCAGAGAUAUUGGGAGGGGCAUCUCCAUUGUAAUGUUUACCACACAAGAAGCACAAGGUUGUGCACACUCAAGAAGGAUGUCUUAUGUAGCAUAAAGGACAAGGCUCCCUUACCUUAGUGUUGUACAUGACAAGGAAAAGGGGAAAUAAGAAGAAUGUUCUACUCUUAUGAAUACCCUUGGGUUCUGUUUACCAGAUCUUUGUUUUCUGAUGUUUAAAAUGCUCCUUUCCAAAUGAGAAGUCUAGACAAUCCCAUCCCCUGUGUCAGAAGCCAUUUAUUUUCUAUCAGGCUGGGCUAAUCUACGGUUGCUGGGGGCGGUUUUCAGUUCUUGUCAUUUUUCUUUUCUUGUUCAGUGCAAAUCUCCGUAACCUCAAGAGUGGUUGUAGACAGAAGGUUUUAGUCUAGGGUCUAUUAAAUGAGAAGCUGCAGUGAAUGAGGGUGCUUGUGAGGGCUGAAGGGGAUUGUAACUCUCUUUAAGUAUUUGUUGUACUUCCUCUUGGAGUAAGCCCAAAGGCCCUGCAGUGAAAUUGGGUACCACUAAACCAGAGAUCUAGCUCUUGUUGCUGCAGACAGAGCCCUCUUUGCUUGGUGGACUUUGCAUUCCAAGUCUGAAGCCAGAGAAUGAAAGGAAAACAUCUUUGGAUGGAUUGUGCUGAGGCUGUUACAACCAACCACACGGCUCUCAUUAUUUCCGAUGUAUUAAUCUUUGCUGCCCUUGUAUUCUAAGACUAAUCUCAGAUUGAAAGUGUUUGUCUUAACUGGGAAAAGGAAAUACAAAGUGUCUUUACUUCUGAUGCUCAGUGUGUUAAAGGAUGCAUGAAAUACGAAGUGAGAGACUUGUGAAGGGUGAGUGAAGGUAAGUGAGAAGUUAACAUCGCAGUGUCUAGCAGCUCACGUGAAAUACCACACCCCCUCGGGGGCUUGUUACUGGCAGUUUUGUGUUAGCGGUGCUUCAUAAAACUGAAAAAUUGGGAGAUCAGUUCAUUGUCUGACACAUCUAAUUCCCGUAAGUUUUCUCUCCAGAGAAAAGAAUUGGACCCUGCUUCCCCACGUAUUUUUAUGGUGGCUAUACAGAAACUCAUCACACUUGAAAAACUGCGUUUGGAGAGUUUUAGAUCAUUUUCCUGCUUUAAUUCUUAGGUCAAUAGGUAUUUGAAAGGUGAUGGACCCAGAAACAUGUUUCUGAGCAGAACUCUCAGCUUUUGCUAAUGAUAUAUAAAAUAUUUGGGAUAUUUAAAUGGCUCCGUGCAUUCAGUUUCUGUGACAUUGCAGCCACUUUUAUAGCGAUUUACUGUAUGGCUUUUACCAAGGAUCUAUUUUAUAGUACAUAUUAUUGUUCUUAUUGAGUAUUCAUAUUACAGUUGCAGAUGGAGGCUGCAGCUACAGGCCACUUCAUUGUACCAGACACCGAAAAUGAUGCUCAUUAUUUCCACAAACAAGCUCUCAGGCAUCUAUCCAACAUGACCAGCCCCACAGUAGAGACGGAAACCUUAACUUUUUUUUUUCUCAAAAGUGUCUGUCACCUGCACAUGAAUUACACCGGAGCGAGUCACACCAGGAGAGACCGACCAACGAAAUCUUCCAAUGUAUGUAAUUUCUGCCUCUUCACCACUGGGCCCUAAAAUCCAGUGAUUCCUGUAUAGUUCCUGCUUUUAUUCCUGGUGGUGAUGUCACACAGUUACCUGCGCUAUGUCAAAUGUUGGGUGCCUUCUAGCAAUAGAAGAAAGAGAAGUAGCCAACUGGUUUGUCCAUCUUUGGCCAAGGAAAAUAGGGCAUCAAGAGCUGUCUCAUUAACAUUACUAAAAAAGUUAAAAAAAAAAAAAAUCCAAUCUUGACAAUACUGUAUAGUUAAAUUUUUUUAAGUAUUUAAAAACUAUAUUUUAUUAAGAAAAAGUGAAACUAUUUUUUGUAGCAUAAUAAAAGAUGUUUGUAUUUCAGAGACAGCAUCAAACCCGACUGAUUGAAAGAAGGAAGGCUUUCCCCUGAAAUUCCUCCCCACGACGUGUUCUGGCACUAGCCACACUCUAAGCUAGAUCAGCUGUGAGGCAUCUCCGUGGUUGGUGGGUGCCAUCUCAAGCACCUUGUGUGUUCCUGCUCUGGGAAACGUACAGCAGAGCUGGCUACUUCCCAUCAAAAUCCUUAGUCCAAGCUGUCUUUCAAGCGCACAGCCUAGUAUUUUCAAACGGUUGCUUUCUUAGGUGAUGGUGAUGACAUCAAAGUAACCAGGUCACGCAGAUUUCCUUGCAGGGUUUGGUUUUUUUUUGCUCUAGAGCCAGGAAUAGAGGAAGACGACUAUUUUCAUGAAGAGAAAAAAACCGCCAUACUCUGUUUUUCUUGCAUUCUCUCAUUCCAGUCCUAUCCCUCUCUCCUCCCAAAUGCCCUACCAAACACCGACAGCAUCCCUAGGGUACCCAGAUCACAAUGCCUUUCUCUGUUCAUUGCAUCAUACCAUGGGCUGAACCUGGUCCCAGCCUGGAGUGAAGGGGAAGCCAUGCAUCUAAGUGGCACCGUAAUGUUGGAGUCAGUGAGGCAGUGAAUGGUGCUAACAGGAGGGAGGGAGGAACCCGUCUCCCUUGCCCUGUUAUUUAACCUGCCCAUUAUGCAAUUAAUUGACUUUGUUGUUGUAGUUAUGCAUAUGCAAGGCAUAUACCCUUCCUUGUUCACCUUUCGAUUCAAAUGCUGUUACUCACUCAUAUGGUCAGCUGUGCUCUCCCCAGGUCUGCAUUUUCAUUUGUAAAAACACUGACUGUUAAUUACAGAAUUUCUGGUUUCAUUGUUUUCCCACAGAAAAGACUAGAAGAUAUUCCAUAGGGCAGAUCUACAGGGAAAUAACCUGUUCGGCUCCUUUACCUCAGUUCCCUUUAAACGUGACGGUGGCCAGAUUAAGAUACGAGAUCAACAUCAAUAGAUUUGAAAAUGCAAGUGAAAAAUGGAAUAGGCAAUCACAGCUUUUGCGAUUUGCAGUGUUUGAUAGGAGCAAUGAAUAGUGGUAAUUUGUACUUUUGGUUUCAGAGGGCCCAUAUCUUUCUCAAAGUGACUGUUGUGACGGUGUUAACGGUAGAGGGAAAUGUUGACGAAAUCCUGUUGCCAGACUAGUGUUAAGCUAAAAAUACGAGAAGGAAACCAGGUAUUUUAAAUCAUCAGUAGGUCUUCCACCUUGAAGUUGUCUCACCGACUGUUCAACCACAUAAGCUAUGCAAGACUGGAUCCAGUACAAACAGCCGUACCUUACUGUUCAUGGCAUCAGGUCUAAACCUUACAAAUGCAGUCUCACUUCAGCACGUUAGGUGAGUGUUCAGCUUCAGUCAUGUGGACACAGGGCAAGAAGAGAGUGGUCCAAACUACACCUAACAUCUAAUGGAGAAAUCAUGAGCUUUUUGUACAGGUUUGACACGGAGGACUUUUUUUUUUUCGCCCAGUUUGCUCAAGUGCCAAUGAACUUUUUUCAAUGAACUGUAGCUAAGGUGUGAGUGCGUAGUCUAGUCUGAGAGCCAGCCUGUGGGGAUGGGGGGGUGUUUGGUGGGUUUGUGUUUCGUUGUUCUGGUUUCACUGUAACAAAUAGCUGACAUACCUCUAGUGGAAAACGGUAGGAUACUGGAUUUGGGCAUGAAAAAUCAAAUAAGAAAUAAGCUAAAAUAUACACGCACAGAGGACAAGUUAAACUCAUCCUUCGCUAUUAAUCCUGUGACAGUUCAAGGAAUUCCAGAAGGACAAAUUUGACUGGAGAUUUGUUUAAUUUCUGUUGAAAUAAUUAUUUGCCCUGUCUCCAUAGUAUUACUAAUAGGGCUUCCCAGUCAAGAUUAAACACUUUCAGUCAAAUGCAGACCAACAGAUCUUUCUACAAUAAAUGCGGUGCUUUUUUAUUAUAAUUAUUCUUGCUGUACCUCAGUGUUCGUUAUUAAAAGAAAAAAAAAAAAAAAUGACUGCAAUAUACUAAAUCCGGGAUAGGUUUUCCAGUUAUCACAAGGUCCAAAAGAUUGGAUUGUUACUUUCUCUCUAGUGAGUCAUGUAGUUCCUUUGUUCUCGUAGCAAAACAGAUGCCUGUAGAUAGUAGAUACUAGGUAUAGUAAAUAUUGUACCAUUAGCCAAAUUCCCUGCAGCUUCCGAUUUAUCUAACAGAAAUGUCUGUUAUGGUUUUUGUUAAAGACUACAUAAAGUCAAUGGCAGGAAAGGUCCUCCUUAUUGGACUGAUUUUGCUUAUAUUGACAGAAAAAUGUCACAUGAUACUCAGGCUGUGCUUUCUAUUCAACCAUAUCACUAUAGAGGAAUGUCAAUAAAAUCACUUUGUUAUGGCA